AUGACUUCUUCUUUAGGUGUACCCAAAAAAGUUACAGAAUACUUUGAUACCCCUAAAGAACUGGAAGAAAAAAUCAAAAGGAUGGCAGAACUUGUUCGUAAAUCUCAGCAUAUAGUUUAUUUUACUGGUGCCGGAAUGUCAACUAGUGCUGGAAUUCCGGAUUUUCGAGGUCCCCAAGGUGUAUGGACUCUCCGUGAGAAAGGGAUUAAAGCCACCCGUCCAAUAGUUACCGAAAUCCAACCUACAAAGGGACACAUGGCAAUCAUGAAAUUUUUUGAAACAGAAAAAAUGAAAUAUUUGAUAUCACAGAAUACAGAUGGACUUCACGUUCGAAGUGGCAUUCCAAUAACAGCUAUAUCAGAAUUACACGGAAAUUCAAACAUAGAGAAAUGUAAAAAUUGUGAAAGAUCUUUUUGGAGAAAGUUUAAAGUUCGAGAAGCAGCUGGUGUGAAUGAACAUAAAACUUCUCGAAAAUGUGAUUAUUGUGGAACGAAUCUUGAAGACACAAUUGUAAACUUUGGCGAAGGUCUCCCCGAAAGGGUUCUUCAAGAGGCCUAUCGUCAAUCUGGUCUCUCUGACCUCCACAUAGUAUUAGGCUCUUCUUUAACUGUAAGUCCUGCUAAUGAACUUCCACAGAUCACAGUCAGAAAUGGAAAACCCCUUAUCAUUGUUAAUUUACAAAAAACUCCAUUAGACAAUAUGGCGACUUUACGAAUCUUUGCCAAGACAGAUGAUGUUCUCAUGAGUUUGUGUAAAGAAUUGGGUUAUGAUGAAAUACGAGAAAUAAAUGAUAUCAAAAAAGAUCCUUCCUUUGAUCAAAUGAUUAUUAUGCCUAAUGCUACUCGUAAACUGGAUGUCAUCAAAAAUAAUAAGGUAGAGCUUAUGCAAUGGCCAAAUGCCAAUUUGUCAGAAUCAUUAAAAGUGCGAGGAUUUAAGUUAGGUAUUAGUGUAGAAAAACAAGAAGUCGUAGAACUUAUUUUACGAAAAUGCUCUAAUACUAUUUAUUGGGUUUAA